AUGAGCAUCGUUGCACGACGCAUAAAACACGGUGUACGUCUAGUACUUUCCAUCAUUUACUUGAUCCUUAUUAUCUUAUCCAUACCACUUGCCUUUGAUGUCGGUGGAAUAGAUUGUGGGUUGUCAUACUCGUUUACUAUAUUUGCAUUAUAUUUUGUGUUGACCACGAUAAGGUUGAUCACAAGGAAGAGUCGGCACUUCAAAUGGGUUUCUUUCUUGUACUACUUGCAACAUCUUGUGUUACCUUCGUUGCUAACCCUCUUCCUAAGCUAUUAUAGCUCAAACACCGUUUCCGCUGAUAGUUCCAGUAACAAAUAUACUUUGAUUAAAGUAUGGGAGUAUUUUAUUGUCAACUCCACACCAAUAUUUACCAUCUUGGAAGGCUUUUGCUCGUUGCUCCUUAUCCAAGCCGUUGGCCAAACUGUCAAUUGGUUGACUGUUUACAAAUCUGAUAGCUGGCUCAUUGUCAGCUUAAUCGGCAGUGGAUCCACCAUCACUGCAGCCUUAUAUUUUUUGUAUAGAAUCUACGUGUACCCAUUCACCAUUGAAACAAUUGGUGCGUCGCUAUUGGGCUCGCUACUCACCUUGACUGUUGGGUUGGGACUCUUUGGUAUCGUCAGUGGGAAAGGUUCAAUGAUUGAAAGUUCGUUAUUGUUUGCAUACAUUGUUAGAUGUAUCUACGAAACUUUCCCGAUACUCUCCGAAGAAGCUAGUAAGGCACUCACUUCUCUCUUCACUCACACAACCUACCAGUUGAAGAAUGAAAUUCCUAUGUUGCCUGCACAAAUAACCGAUAUAGCUUCACAGUUGGUUCCAUUUUUGGCUUCAAACAUCCCUGGGUCAUUCAAAACGAUUUGGGAGUUCUUCAUCCUGGCCACUCAGAAAUUAACGUUACCUUUGCUUUUGAAUUUGGCCUAUAGAAUUGGUGUGUUCUUUGCAGCCACUAAGAUUAUCCCUUCAUUGUAUCAUGGAGCAAGCUAUCCAUCUUCCACUACGCCGCCCAUCUCACCAUCGAUAGCAUUAUCCCGUCAGCCAUCAAACAAUCAUUUAGAUCAGCAACAUCAUGCUGAUGAAAUACCGACAGAGCCCUCACAAUUUAAUGUUGCAUCAAGCUCACCAUUUCCUCAGCAUACGCAACAACCAUCGACCAUAAUUAGAUUAAUCUAUUCAUAUUCUCCUUGCAUCAUAAUAGCAGUUUAUACACACUUGAUGAUGCUGUAUAAUGGAGCGUUAGGGACAGAGCUAAAGCUUUGGGGUUUUUGGGAUGAUGAAUCAUUGGAAAUAGUAGUACACCCAUGGCAAUUUUGGAACUGGAUCAACAUGACUACUACGUUGAUUCUCUACGCAGCUGAACUUAUGGGAAACAAUGGAACCCAAGGAGGAACUGCCUUAACAAGUCAUUGGAAAGUAGAGUAA